UCCAUGUUUCAGAUAUUACAACAUAUGAAAUCCAGCGGGAAGGAACAUUCAAUGCCAUAUCAAGUGAUAUCAAGGGCAAUGGAGACUGUAAUCAACCAACAUGGUCUUUCUUUGAGUGGUGGUGUUCAAAUAGGGUCUUCUUCACAGGCUGUGGGUGGUGCAAAGGAUUCCAGAAGGAGCCUGUCUGAAAAUGAGAGCUCUAAAUUGGACCCUUUCCCUUCCGGCCGGCCACCAGUUGGCCCAAGCGGUGGAGCACCUGAUUAUUAUCAAGGGUCUGUGGUUCAGAGGAGUGAUCAGUCUUUUGAUCAAGGAAGUCCAUCUAGUCUGGACUCUAGGUCUGCCAACUCCCAUUCACAAGACAGACGUGAUGCUGCCAAUUGGGACAAGAACCUGAAUCAAAAGGAUGGUAAGAAGGCCCCCACAAAGAGAAAGAGGGGAGAUAUUUCAUCACCUUUGGAGCCACAUGUUGACAGUCCUUCCCAGGUUGAUCCUCGCAAUAGUGUUCUCAAUACAAGGAAAGCGAAACUGACCAAGGCUGAACCAUUGGAUGACCUUCCUGUUAAAAGCGGUGCUUAUGCCAAGGUUCAGGGGGGGAUGGCAGCUCCUACUGGUGCAUCUUCAAUGGUCAAACCUGUUUUAUCAAGUUCAAUGCAAUAUGGUAGUGUAAGUGCACUUGAUGACAUGGGAAGUUCAUCUAGUUUUACUGAUGAGCAUAAAAUGGCUCAGAUUGGCAGGCAAGGUAGUGGCAUGGAGACAAUGAUGCUAAGACAAGAAGUUCCUUCCAGGGAUAUUGGGAAAUCUGCUAUUACUGUUGCGCGCUCUUUCGCACCAUUUGAGGAACAGCAGUUAAAGCAACUUCGAGCUCAGUGCCUUGUUUAUCUAGCAUUUAGAAAUCGUAUGGUGCCAAAGAAACUUCAUCUUGAAAUUGCUCUUGGAACCACCUCUUCUAGAGAAGGUAACACGUCUGGGGUAACGACACAAGUUGGAGGUCUGAAUAAUUUAAGACAACCUGAUACAACCCCUUCAGGGUCCUCUUCUGCUGCAAAAGUUCAGGAGGUGAACUCUUUGCCAAAGGGAACUGAGAGCCCAAGAACUAUGGAGGACAAAGUUAUGCCACAUUCUGACAUCCAUAUGCUUUCGGAUGAAUGGAAACAUCUCUCAGCAACAAAAAGAGGAGAGGCUGAUAGACGAAUUCAAGAAAGAGCAGCUGCACAAGGUUCUUUAGAUACUUUAUCUCGGCAGCUGGAAUCUUUAAGUACAACGGCUGCUGGUGUUGUUAAUAGCCAUUUGGAUGAUGAUGUCAAUAGAAAUGUUCAGGUUGGAAGGUCUAACCAACCUCCUGUUGUAGGCCUGAAUAGCUGGACUGGAUUUGCUGGUCAGAACGAGGCUUCAAAAGGGCUUCCGAAGAUCUCCACCGGAUUGCCAAUAGAUAGAAGAGACAUUAUAGCCAGGACUGACAGUGAUCUUCAUGGUAGCAUGAUGAAGGAAGGAAAUGUGAUUACCAAACAUGUUUCUCCAGACAUGUUCAAGACACUUCCAGUUGAUAAUGCAUCAAAACAUGGCAUUAAUUUUGCUACAGAGCAAGAAGGGAAUGAGAGACAGGCAUCAUCUAAUUUACAAUCUCCGAAAUAUUCAAUGUCUGAUAGGUGGAUUAUGGAUCAGCAGAAAAAGAGGCAUCUAGUUGAGCGAAGUUUUGUUCAGAAACAGCAGAAAGCAAAGCAAAGAAUGGCUACCAGUUUUCUCAAGUUAAAGGAAAAUGUGAACUCAUCUGAAGAUAUUUCUGCCAAAACAAAAAGUGUAAUAGAGUUGAAAAAACUACAACUACUAGAUCUCCAACGGCGUCUCCGCAGUAAUUUUCUCAAUGAUUUUUUCAAGCCAAUUGCAAUUGAAUUAGAACAUUUGAAGUCAUUUAAGAAGCAUAGGCAUGGUAGGAGGGUCAAACAACUUGAAAAGUAUGAGCAAAAAAUGAAAGAAGAGAAGGAGUUUUUUGGUGAGAUAGAAGUUCACAAGGAAAAACUUGAUGAUGUAUUCAAAAUCAAGAGGGAAAGGUGGAAGGGUUUCAAUAGAUAUGUGAAGGAGUUCCAUAAAAGAAAAGAACGUACGCAUCGUGAGAAGAUUGAUAGAAUCCAACGGGAAAAGAUUAAUUUGUUGAAAAUAAAUGAUGUGGAGGGUUAUUUGAGAAUGGUGAAGGAUGCAAAAUCAGAUCGCGUAAAGCAACUUCUUAAAGAGACUGAGAAAUAUCUUCAAAAGCUUGGGUCUAAGCUACAGGAAGCAAAGUCUGCAGCAGGACGCUUUGGGCAAGAUGAUGAGGCAGGAAGUUACAGUUUCCCUGAGAAUGGUCAUACUAAUUCAGAAAAUGAGGAUCUGAGUGACCAGGCAAAGCAUUAUAUGGAAAGUAAUGAGAAGUAUUAUAUGAUGGCUCACAGCAUAAAGGAGAGCAUUGCAGAGCAGCCAUCUUGUUUACAGGGCGGAAAAUUGAGGGAAUAUCAAAUGAAUGGCUUGAGGUGGUUGGUUUCAUUGUACAACAAUCAUUUAAAUGGAAUCCUUGCUGAUGAAAUGGGACUGGGUAAAACGGUCCAGGUUAUUUCUCUAAUUUGCUACCUGAUGGAAACAAAAAAUGAUAGAGGGCCAUUCCUUGUUGUCGUUCCCUCUUCAGUUCUACCUGGUUGGGACUCUGAAAUUAGUUUCUGGGCUCCUGUUAUUCAUAAAAUUGUCUAUGCUGGUCCACCAGAGGAGAGGCGUCGGUUAUUCAAGGAAAGGAUUGUUCAUCAGAAAUUUAAUGUUCUGUUGACUACAUAUGAAUAUUUGAUGAACAAGCAUGAUAGACCCAAGCUCAGUAAAAUACAUUGGCACUAUGUAAUAAUCGAUGAAGGCCACCGAAUAAAGAAUGCGUCAUGCAAGUUAAAUGCUGAGUUGAAACAUUAUCAAAGCUCUCACAGAUUGCUUUUAACUGGAACACCAUUGCAGAACAAUCUCGAAGAACUCUGGGCAUUACUUAAUUUUUUACUACCAAACAUAUUCAAUUCAUCAGAGGACUUCUCUCAAUGGUUUAACAAGCCAUUUGAGAGUAAUGGGGAUAACUCACCUGAUGAAGCUUUACUGUCUGAAGAGGAGAAUCUCUUGAUCAUAAAUCGUCUUCAUCAAGUUCUAAGGCCAUUUGUCCUCCGGAGGCUGAAACAUAAGGUUGAAAAUGAACUGCCUGAAAAGAUCGAGAGACUUAUAAGAUGUGAGGCUUCUGCUUAUCAGAAACUUUUGAUGAAAAGGGUGGAAGAAAAUCUAGGUUCUAUUGGCACUACAAAGGCUCGAUCAGUACACAACUCUGUUAUGGAGCUUCGUAAUAUUUGCAAUCAUCCAUAUCUCAGCCAGCUUCAUGCAGAAGAGGUGGAUAACUUCAUACCUAAGCAUUAUUUGCCACCGAUUAUUAGACUUUGUGGGAAGCUUGAGAUGCUGGAUCGUUUGUUACCUAAAUUGAAAGCAACAGAUCAUCGGGUUCUUUUCUUUUCAACAAUGACCAGGCUUCUGGAUGUUAUGGAGGAAUACUUAAGCUUAAAACAGUAUCGAUACCUCCGGUUGGAUGGGCAUACAACAGGAAGUGAUCGUGGUGCCUUAAUUGACUUAUUUAACCGAGCUGAUUCUCCAUAUUUUAUUUUCUUACUCAGUAUUCGAGCUGGUGGUGUUGGAGUGAAUCUUCAAGCUGCUGAUACGGUGAUCCUAUUCGACACUGACUGGAACCCACAGGUUGAUCUGCAAGCACAGGCAAGAGCUCAUAGAAUUGGUCAAAAGAGGGAUGUUCUCGUUCUUCGGUUUGAGACAGUUCAAACUGUUGAAGAACAAGUUAGAGCUUCAGCUGAGCACAAACUUGGUGUUGCUAACCAGAGUAUAACUGCUGGCUUUUUUGACAAUGAUACAAGUGCUGAAGAUCGAAGGGAAUACUUGGAAUCGCUUCUCCGCGAGUGUAAGAAAGAGGAAGCUGCACCUGUUCUGGAUGAUGAUGCGUUAAAUGAUAUCUUGGCCCGCAGUGAGGCGGAGUUAGACGUGUUUGAAGCUGUUGACAAAAAAAGGAAGGACGAUGAACUGGCUGCAUGGAAAAAAUUAGUGGUUGGGCAGGCAACUGGUGGUUCUGAUCUUAUUCCACCCCUUCCCUCUCGUCUUGUUACUGAUGAAGACCUGAAACAGUUCUUUGAAGUAAUGAAGAUAUCUGAUGUUUCCAAGGGUGAGGUAGAAUCUAAUGGAGUAAAGAGAAAGAGUGGAAAUGCUGGGGGUCUUGAUAUUCAACAUUAUGGCAGGGGAAAGCGUGCAAGAGAGGAACGUUCUUAUAAAGAGCAGUGGACAGAGGAGGAGUUUGAGAAGAUGUGUCAAGUUGAAUCUCCAAGUUCACUCAAAGUAAAGGAAGUGGCUGGGAUAAGUUCUCCAGCAAAUGUUGCCAGCUCUGUUGUUACUACUUCUAACACACAACCUACAGCGACAGUUUCAGCAGCCCCAAUACCAAUGUUGCCAUCUGUGGAGAGCUUGCCUGUCCAGCAAAUCAAAGAAGUAACUCCACCAGCCAAACGUGGUCGUGGAAGGCCAAAAAGAAUAGCUUCAGAUAAGCCACCAGCUGUAGUAGUACCUCAGGCUACUUUUACAACCAUUGAAAUAGAGAAGCAGUUACCGAAAAGAACUGAGCUUGAACAAAUAACGUCUUCAGUUCCUCAUUCUGUUGCUCAUUCUGCUGAAGUUGGAGCUGUGAUGCAGUCUGAUACAAUAGUUGCUCAUAAUGCACAGCCUGUCAUUCCUAUGCCUGCUGUUCCACCAAAUUCUCAGCCAGUCGCUGCUGCUGUUUCUGUACAGUUGCAAGCAAGAGGCCAAGGGAGGAAACCACAUGGUGCUGAAGGGACUAGACAUAGGGGAAAGAAGCAGGCCAUGGUUUCUCCUCCUAUCACUGGUGGUCCUGAUUUGAAGAUAAGUGAGCAAUUCCAAAAUCAACACGUGAGUCCACCUUCAGAUAAAGUUAUCUCCCCGAGUGAUGCUGCCAGCAAUAUUGAUGCAGCACACCAUCCAACUACCAUCUUGGCUGCUGCUAAUUUAAAUAGUGGAAAUAAUCAUUUGGGUGCUGAAAUUGUUCUGAAUGCUAAGCAACCACCUCCUUUGCGCACCUUGGUUGAAACUGGCGAAACUCAUCCCUCUGUACAGAUGGAGCAAGGCAAGGGGAAAAAUUGGAAGUCACAAACUGGAGCAGGAGCUCCCAGGCGUAGGGGGAAGAAACAGGCAACAAUAUCACCACCAAUUCCAAAUGUUCCAGAUCACCAGGAUUCAAAUCCAAAUCCAAAUCUGCAAAUUUCGUCGAGCAGCAUAUCAGGUGGCAAAGCCACUGAACAAAAAGGCUUGCUAGAUAAAAAUAUUAAAGAUUCAAAGUGUGUUAUCCUAGAUCAACUGUCUCAGAGCCUUGGUGAGCAGGAUUUAAAGCCAAGGGAGCAGUCAGAUGAUUCAUCCAAGCAGACAGUGCUUCUGUCUUCUAGUGAACAUGGUACAACAAAAUCACCAGGUUCAGACUUAGAGAAGGUUAAUCCAGAUGUUUGUGAUUCUUCUGUGGAGAAGGUUAAAUCUUCUGAAAUUAACUCAUCCAAGAUUGAAGUCUCAGAGAAUUCAGGGAGUGGAGUUUUACUUACCACAACACCUACCAUGGUGAUCGAGGAUCAACAUUUGGGGGACAGAACUCAUCAAGUUGCUGAUACUUUAGAUCCUCUGACUGCAAAGGCUGUUCCCAGUACCCCAUUAAGCACUGUUCAAGCUUCUGAUUCUACACAUUCUCCCUCACUCAAAUCUAUGCCAGCCAAAAGACAACCCCGUAAAGCUCAAAAUAGAGUGGAAGCACCUCGGCGUAGUGGGAGAAAAUCAGCUUUGAUGUUGCCUGCUGUUCCUGUAGCUCCAUCUGAUCAGGAUCUCAAUUUGAUUCAUGAUGCUCAGAAUUCAUCUAGGGAUUCAUUGGUUGGUAAAGCUGCCAAUGCUACUCAAGCUCAAGCUUUAGAGAUUCUUUUGCCCAGUGGAGUACCUGUCCAUGAUUCGAAAAGAAAAGAGAGAGCAACCAAUUCUACCGCAAGUAAGCAGCAGAAAGUUGCAUCAACAAGGAUUGACAGUGCAGCUGUAUCCUCAGAUAAGAUUACUGCUUUUGGCCGAAAUCAAAAUGUUAAUGACUUUGCUCGGGUGAUGAGGGAAGUUUUCUCUGGAACUUGUUUGCCAAAACCUAAAGCACAGGAUUCUGUUGGGAGUGAAGAUAAGAGUACAACUUUUGUACAUGUAACGACUAAAGCUGCAAUUGCCUCUAAUAACCAGAGCUUGGAAGAUAAAGCAUGUUGUGAAAUACCUACAACUGGAGCUGCAUGUUCUACUUCAGAUGUUUCAGUGCAUCUUCGUGAAAAACAUUCAGAGGUAUCAAAUGUGCAGGAUCUGGAGUGUGGAGCAAGUUUAGAUAUGCCAACUACUGGAGUAAUGAACCUGAUGCAAGGCACUCUACCUAAUGGGGAUGAGCAGAUCUCUGCUAGUACAUGUGAUAACAAGAUAACUACUGUUGAAAACAAACGUUAUUUCAGUCCGCCUGAAACCAGUGGCUGUGAUGAUGUUAAAGCAAAAGAUGAACAAGCACAAGUUUAUGUUCAAAACUUAAGUAUUCAGAGUAAAAUGGAGGUUCCUGAUGCGAUUCCAGUUAUUACUUCGCCGAAGACUGGUUCUUCUGAGAAACUUCCUACUGGUGAUGGCCUUGUUGAUUCUGGCAUAGGAGAUUUCACCCAUCAGUUAAGUAUAUCAAAAAUUUCUCCUAAUGGUAAACUUCAUUUGGUAAUUGAUCAUAAUCUUGGUGACCAAUCCAAGCCUUCUAUAGAGAAGCCAUCUUCAUCCCUUAAUAUUUGUGGCACAGGACAUGAAACAGCUGCAAUGAAACCAGAACAUUCUAGCACUAGUACUGAAUCUACUCAGGCUAAUACCUACAGUCAGGGUGUUUCACCCACAGAAGGACCUCCUGGUUUUACGGAGCACACUUUGGAUACAAAAUUGGAUCCUACAGAAAUAUCCCAAAAGCCUUCACCUCUUGAUUGUGAACAUGCUGAAAUUUUGGGUGAUCAGCAACAAGAGACCCCAUCUAGUCCUGCAAUUGCCCCUCUCUCAAUGGAAAUGGUAGUUUCUAGUGUUCCUAGAGAUUCUGAAAAUUUUGGAAGUGAAAGAAAGUCUUCUUUACAUGCUUCUGUCGAAGUCUCUUGCGAUGAUGGGACUGGUGGGGAUGAAGUUUCUGCAUCAGCUGACCAUGAUAAAAAUAGUAUUCCAAAACCUCCAAAAUUUAGCUUGGAUCCAGCUUCUGCUUCUGUGUCUGAAAUGGCAUGUUGUGUUAGCCCCAAAGUUGAUAAAGCUGAACAGUAUCAAGAUGCAUUAAAAUCUUCGGAUUUGCGUGAGGCUUCGUUGCUUGAGAGCUGUCCUGAAUCACUCUGCAAGGGAAAAAGGGAUGAAGGGAACUCGAUAUGCAAAGAAGUUUCUUUUGCAGUUAAACAACAUAUCAGCUCUGUUCCCCAGGAAAAUAUGGUACCUUCUCCUGUUGGCAGUUCGAAGGAUGAUUUAUCUCAGAUUCACUCCAUGAUUGAUGCAUCAAAUAAUGACAGUAUUAAGCAUCUAGUGGAAGAAAAACCAGCGUGUCAAUCUGACACUGAUAAAGUAUUGUUGCAACGACCUUCGAGCUCGGAAGAUGAAGUGAACAAUUUAGCGGGUGUUUCUGGGGUGAGCAGCCUUGUAGAGGCAACUGUAUCUGAAACUGCAGUUCUGCCCUGUUCAACCUUGGUGAACAAGCAAAAUGGAAACUCAUCUGCAACAUCUCUAGUUUGGAGUUCAGAAUCUUUUGACGAGUCAAUGGAAAAGGGUGUGGCUGGUAACUCUGGAAUCCAGGAGGAAGCAGAUGUUAAUAUGGUAGAAACCGAUGUUCCAUUGGAAUCUGAGGAUUUACAUGUGAAGGGUGUAAAGGGUGAUGUUCUGCGAGACACUGUAGAUUUGUCCACCUGCUUGAUGACAAAGGAAAGUAACAUAGAAGGCUCAUCUGCAAGAGGACUUUCUGUCAGUUCAUCAUCAUCUGAUGAAUUUAACGAUGCUAAAGUUGAGCUUGGUGAUAAAGAUGUCUCUCAGGCUGGUGGAUCUCUCACUACAUCUGGAGAUAAUAUAUCAAAGAUUAAGGAAGAAGGGAUCAAUUGUUCAUCUGAUAAAGAUGGCUCACAAGGGCAAUCAGUUUCUCCAAGGAUACCUGUGUGCUCUGAUGAUUCAUGUGAAAAAUUGGAUGUUCCUCAAGUUGACCCAAAAAGAACUAUCUCUGGUACUGUCCUGGCUUGCUUGUCUCAAGUAAAAGAAGAAAAAGUAGGUGUACCAUGUGAUACUGAAUUAGUUGCAAGGUCUACACCAGAGUGUGAUAUGGAAGGAUCCAAGGCAGAUCAGAGUAAUACAGUGUUGCAAGUGAAUCAGUCGCCUUCAAAGUCCCCCGAGACUGUUGAUCAAUCUGUGGAGGGUGAGCUGCCAUUGGUAAAUGGGGAAAGUGCAGUAGCUGAGAGUAGUGACCAAAUUGAUGCUUGUCAGGUUUCUCAGGAAGAUUCAGAAAAGCUUACUUCUCAAAACAUGGUUGUACCAUCAUCUUGCUCACUAAUGGAGCAAGACAACGUUGAUGUGUCAUCUGACAAGGGUCCUCUCUGUAGUCCACUAGCAUUGGGUGAACCAAGAGAUCCUUUGAUUCUAGAGGAGAGUCAUAGGGAUGGCACCAAUGGUUCUGAAGCAAAUCCAUCACCCCAACAGGAACAAGAAUAUCCUGAAGCUGAGAUCGGUGAUCACAGGACAACUGAUUUUGAUGGGGUUGAUCCAGAACUGUUGUCCAAAAACAUGGAAUUGCCUUCUUCCUUAGGAAUGGAGCAAGAUAAAGUCGAUGUAUUAUCAUACCCACUAGCUACCACAGAACCAAAGGAUUGUUUGACUCAAGAGGAUUGUGAUGAUGGUAAUGAGGCAUCAAAUCCUUCUGUAGCUCAAAUUGACUAUCAAGUGGAGGCAUCUGAUGAUGUUGCUGGGGAUGGGGAUAAUGUGGAAAGGCUUCCAUUAAAGAACAUCAAUAUCCCUUCAGAGUCCUCAAUGAUCAAGGAAAUGAAGGUUGAUGGUUCGUUUGUUAAGGUCUCACUCUGCAGUCUGCCUGCACCAGGGGAUCCAAAAGUUUGUUUGACUGGGGGGAGGAGCUGUAGCGAAGUCAUUGAGGUUCCCACCACUAAAGAAAUAAUGGUGCAGGAGUCCUUUGAUUCUGGAGCUGAGAUGGAUAAUCAAAGCGAGUCACAGGUUGAUGGGAUACCAGUAGAUGAUGAAGCCAGAUGUUUGGCUGUGUCUGUCACUACAGCAGAGGGAAAAAAUGAGGUGGAGGUCUUGCCUGAUGAGGGUCCACAAAGAAUCUUCAAAGUGCAGGAUAAUGUGUCAAGAGAGUUGACUGAUGAGGAUGAGGCAGACAAGAGUCAAGUCCCAGUUUCCUCAGCAUCAGUUGUGAAUGUGGAAGAUUUAGUUGAUGGCACAGGAAGAAUGCAGGUGACGGAAGAAUCUGAAGCUGUUGUAAGUGAUGAUGGAAUGGAUGCUACUCCUGGUUGCUCAGCAGUGCAAGAAACAGCAUCAAUUGAUGGGGUUUGCACUUCAGCAGCGUUGAGUGAACAUGUAGAGAGCUUGUCUAAGAAAGCUUUUGUUGUCCCCCCUAUUGUGAAUCCUGACAUCAAAGAAUCUGAAGCUGGUGUAAUUAACCAGGGAAAUAAAAUUGUACAAGACAAUGAAUUGAAAGACGUCGAACAUGUGGAGAGCUUUUCUGAGAAGGAUAUAGUUGCUAAAUCUUCCCCAAAUCUUGAUGCCAAAGAAUCUGGAUAUGCUAUUAAUAACCUGGAAACUCAAGCUGGGCAAGAUGAUGCAUUGGAAGACACGGAAAGUGUGGAGAGCUUUUCGGAGAAGGAUGUAGUUGGCAUCUCUUCUACAAACUGUGAUGCCAAAGAAUCUGAAGCUUCUGUUACGAACCAAGGAAAUGAUAUCGUGCAAGAUGAUAAACUGAAAGACAGAGAAUCUGAAGCUCCUGUUACAAAUCAAGGAAGUGAUAUCGUUCACAAUGACAAAUUGAAAGAUGCCAAACACGUGGAGAGCUUGCCGGAUGAGGAGGAUUCAUUUGGCAACUUGCCAGCAAAUCUUGACAGUAAAGAUUUUGAAGGUGCUGUUACAAACCAGGGAGAUCAAAUAAUGCAAGAUGACAGGUUAAAAGAUGUCAGACCUACGGAGACCACGCCUGAGAAGGAUUUAGUUGGCAACAAUCCAGCAAAUCUACACAUUAAAGAAUUUGAAGGUGCUGUUACCAGUCAGGGAGAUCAAAUUGCGUACAAUGAUGAAUUGAGAGACGUUGAACAUGUGGAGAGCUUGUUGGAUAAGGACUCAGUUGGCAACUCUUCGGCAAUUCUCAACAUUAAACAACCCGAAGAUACUUUUACAAAGCAGCGAGAUGAAAUCAUGCAAGACGUCAACCACGGGGAGAGCUUUCCAGAGAAGGAUUUAGUUGGCAAUUCUACAGCAACUAUAGACCCUAAAGAAUCUGAAGGUGCUGUUACAAACCAGGGAGAUCAAAUUAUGCAAGACGACAAAUCGAAAGAAGUCUCAGAGAAGUUGUUAGUUGGCAACUCUACCGCAAAUAUUGAUCCUAAAGAAUCAGGUGCUGUUACAAAUCAGGGGGAUCAACUUAUGCAAGGUGAGGAGUCAAAAGACAUCCUACGUGUGGAGAGCUUGCCGGAGAAGGAUAUAGUAGGCAGUUCUCCAGCAGCUAAACAAUCUGAAGCUGAUGUUACUGAAGCCAUGCAUGAAGAUGCCUUGAAACACUUCAACAUUGUUCAAAACACUUGACACUCAAAACGAAAAGGCACCUGAGAACGACUCGGUUGAGAAUUCAGUCGUAGAAGCUGAUGAUACCAAUGCUAUGAAAUGAAAUCGGUCACUGUAUAUAUUAAUAUAAUAUAUCAUCAUAUGUAGGUAUUUUGUGUACAUAUAUGUUGUGAUCCAAUACCUGUCCAAGGCUAAUUAAUCAUAGUUAUUAUUAUAGCCUCUCAAACUGUUAAUUAAAUCCAAAACGGUAUUACUACACUUUUUUUUGGUGC